AUGUCAGUAUUCAUCUCCGGUGCUACAGGGUUUAUUGCACAACACAUCGUUGCUCAGUUAUUAGAAAAUGACUUCAAAGUCAUUGGUUCUGUGAGAUCUCAAGAAAAAGCUGACAAAUUAUUAAAACAAUUCAAUAACAACGAAAAUCUUACUUUAGAAAUCGUCAAAGAUAUUUCAUUGCCAAACGCAUUCCAUGAAGUUUUUGCAAAAUAUAAAGGUAAAAUCAAGUACGUACUACAUACAUCAUCUCCUUUCUUUUUCGACAGUGAUGAUUAUGAGAAAGACUUAUUAAUUCCUGCAUUAAAUGGUACUGAAAACAUUCUGAACGCCAUUCUAGACCAUGCUGCUGAUACAGUUGAACGUGUCGUCAUCACUUCCAGUGAAGCUGCCAUGAUCGAUAUUACGAGAUAUUUUGACCCUACUUUCUUUUAUGAUGAGAAUUCUUGGAACCCAACUUCUCAUGAAGAGGCAUUAAUUAAUGGUGUCCACGCAUACACUGCCUCUAAGAAAUUUGCUGAAAAAUAUGCAUGGGACUUCAUUGAAGAACAUAAGAAUCAAAUCAAAUUUGCAUUGACUACUGUUAACCCUUGUAAUGUUUUCGGACCACAACAAUUUGAUGAAAAUGUUACUUCACCAAUGAAUACCUCAUGUGAAAUUAUUAACAAGUUAGUACAUUCUUCUGUGGAUACAAAAGUUGAUCGAACUACAAUGGGGAAAUUUAUUGACGUCCGUGAUGUUGCCAAGGCACAUUUGUUAGCUUUGCAAAAUGAUAAUUUAAUUGGAGAAAGAUUAUUACUAAUAUCAAGUGGGUUUGAUGAACAAAGUAUCUUAGAUAUUAUAAAUGAUGAUUUCCCAGCUUUGAAAGGUAAAAUACGUGUCGGAAACCCAGGGACAGGCGCGCUUCAAAAUUGGAAAGGCUCUAUCCAUGAUAACUCGAAGACAAGGAAAUUAUUACGUUUCGAGUUUUUACCAUUGAAGAAAAGUGUUGACGAUACAGUUUCUCAAAUCCUAAGACAUGAAGAGAAAUUAUGA